UUUAAAUCACAUCAUUCCCAAAUUGAAUGGCGGAUCGAACAAGGAAGAAGGGAGUCUUUUCGUUCGGGUAUAUUCACUGUUCACCGUGCACUCUGUAUACUGAGUUAAAUCAAGGAAUUUAGAGUAAUUAGACAAAAUUUCCUGUUAUGUGGGACUGGGAAUCUAUCGACGCUGACCGCGAAACUCAGGAUAAAAUGAUUUUCAAAUCUAACGAGGAUCUUCUGAAAGACCGACAGGACACCGAGAAUUUUGAAACCACGACCUCCAUCAUGCAGGAUGAAGUCGAAGCCACCGUUUUCCGCAUAUAUCAAGUUACGCGGCAGCUUCAAGAGCUUGAAGGCAAACUCCCAAUACUGGCAAGAAGCAAUCACAUAUUUUACCUCAAAACAUCUCUUACUCAUCUCUCACAGUCCUAUGAGUGCCUCGACAGCAGUAGGCCGUGGCUUUGUUAUUGGAUUCUUCAUGCACUUCAAAUACUAGGGGAAACACUCGAUGACGAAGACUAUUCCCACAUCGCAGGAUUCCUUGCUAAAUGUCAAUCUCCAGAAGGUGGAUUUGGAGGCGGUCCAGGCCAACGGCCACAUCUUGCACCAACUUAUGCUGCUGUGAACGCACUUUGCACCAUUGGGACUCCCGAAGCUUAUAAAACAAUUGAUAGACAAGGUCUUCGGCGUUUCUUGAAGUCCUUGAGGGACCAAGAUGGAGCAUUUAGUAUGCAUGUUGGUGGUGAGGUGGAUAUCAGAGGAGUUUACUGCGCGGUUUCUGUGGCCAGAUUAACAAACGUUUACAGUUCAGAAAUGUUCAGGAAUACCGCAGAGUGGAUAGCAAGAUGUCAAACUUGGGAAGGUGGGUUUGGUGGGUGUCCAGGCAUGGAGGCACAUGGGGGAUAUACUUUCUGUGGUUUAGCUGCACUGCUAUUACUCGAAAGUGCCAAGCUCUGCGACAUAUCUUCGCUUCUGCGGUGGACCGUGAACAGGCAGAUGCGUCUUGAGGGUGGUUUUCAAGGCCGAACAAACAAAUUGGUAGACGGAUGUUACUCUUUUUGGCAGGGAGGUACCUUUCCUCUCUUACACUCCAUUCUGAGUGAGCUAGGAUUUAAAUCUGAUCAUUGGCUCUACGAUCAAGAAGCACUGCAAAAAUACCUGUUGGUAUGCUGUCAGCAUCCUUCGGGAGGAUUGCUCGAUAAACCUGACAAGCCUAGAGAUGUUUACCACACAUGCUACGCACUCAGUGGUCUCUCAGUGGCGCAAAACUCGCCUAGUCCAUUGGUGAUUGGAAAACGCGAGGUGAAUUCUGUCGACAUAGUUCACCCGGUGUACAACUUGGUCCAAACUUCGGCAGCGGCAGCUCUGAUCUAUUUCAACGAACUAACCAUCCCAGAUUAAAGCUGAGACUUAACUACAUGGCAAUUAAAUUUAAAUUAUAUUUAUUUAUCAGAUAACACCCUCAUGUUCAUUAUCAGUUAGUAUGUUACUGAAAAUCAUUUGUAGCAUGACAAUGGGCACCAACAUGAGGAGAAAGAGAGAAAGUGCAUGAAAUACGAUAUUUUGAAUAAAAUGGAAUAUUUAUCUCACUGAAAUACCAUUUAUUGUAUCAUAGAUUGCAUCCUAGUAGCUUAAUAAAGUAGUUUGCACUGUUUCUAGCAAUAAUGUGCCAAAUACACGAGAUACAAAAAUUUA